AUGUCCAACAACCGUCCAUUCCUCGCCAACUUCCUGGCCGCCUUCCGCGCUCAGUCAACCUACAAGCCCACCACCCAGCAAGUCGGCACCACCUCAACCCUAUCAUCCGCCCAAAUCUCCCAGAGUGCCCGCGCCAUCGCUACAAAGGCAGCCAAUACAGCCCAGGGGUCCUCCGUAUCAUCAACUGCAUCUGCCGUAGCCCACCACAAUCACAAUCACAAUCACCCUAACCACCGCCACACCCAUACAUCCUCUUCCCCCACUUCCUCAGCAACUGCAGCACCAGCCAGCCCAGUCCAAAGCUCAAGCCCGGCCCCUUCACACCACUACCACCACGACCAGUCAGCCCUCCCCUCUACACCACCAUCAUCCACCUCAACCCCCAUCCCAAUCAACCACAGCUCUGCAGACCGUCAGCGUCGUGGGAGUGACUCCUCCAGCGGCUCCGGGGGGUUCUGUGAUGCUAUCGGGCCUGAAAAGUGGUAUAUUGGCGGCAGGACACCGGCUGGUGAAGAGCGCUUUUAUCGGCUUGGGAUGGUUACGAAGGGUGGAGGGCGGCUUGGUGGGAGUGGACGGGUGGGGAGUAUUGAUCAGUUGAGUCUUUGA